GCAUCGCACUACUACUUUGAUCAUCGAGACAGCAACACAAAUUUGUUCUCCAGCUACAGAAUUUAGCGUCUGAAAUUAAAUAAGGGCACAUUCAUAGAAAAUUUCGACAUGGCCCCACCACCCCCAAGAGACAGCUAUUUCGACUUGUGGUUAUCCUUCUGGAUGAGCUUUUUGGCCUGGCCGGUUGUCUACGUUUUCAACAAUGGGUUUGGGAAGGUCGAUGCUGCGCAUCGCCCCUUCGUCAUGAUGACGGCCGGCUUUGGUAUGAUGGCCGCGAUAGGCUGGCUCUGUGCAAAACUUAGCAAGACGACAAGCAGGAUAGGAGUUGUCUUCAUGCUGUUCAUCUUCACAUGUAUGAUCGACCUCAUCAUCGCGCUGGAAUACUACGGUCACAUCACGGGCUUCAUGUGGCGGUAUCUGGAACUUGGGGAGCCAUACUUGAAUUCUCCAUGGGGCUCGGCGAUCACUUUGUUCGACGGGAUUGGUUUAUAUGUCAUGUACCUCGCUAUAAUUCAUCGCAUAUCGAACAGAAAAAAUUGGCACACGAUCGGAAUUUACUGGGUGAGUGCGAUAAUCAACUCGAUGAUUGUUCUCCUCAUGGGAGUCGCCACUGGAAAACAUUCCCCCACUUUUUGCACCUUCCUCAACGUUCCAUAUGUCGUGUUCCCAUGUUACGUCCUGUAUUACUUACUUAAAAAGGAUUGUCAGCCGAACUGGAAUGAAUCUGCUGCUACGACGCCUGGAGAGGAAGAAGAGAAAGUAGAGAAAGUAGAGAAACCAAAGAAAGGAAAGAAAGUAGAGAAAGUAGAGAAAGGAGAGGAAGGAGAGAAAGGAGAGGAAGCCUAUCUGCUUUUCGGUCGUAAAUGGUUAGCUAAAUUUUUCGAGUGGGGCAUCGUUAUUGGAUUUAUUUGCACCAUUUUGCUCACAAUUACGAAAGCAUUUUUAAGUCUCGGAUCAACGUUCUACAUGUUCAGAUGGUACACUGCCCACGACCCGUCUCUCAUGAAUAAUAAUCCCGCACCAUUCGCCAAGAUUCAGAGUGUCGUACUUUUCUUCUAUUCCCUUCCCAUCCAAGUUCUGUGCCUUUUGUACGCGUGUCGGGCAACUAGACCGCAGUACUUGUGGGAUUUGGCGGUAGUAAAUGCUGGAAUUUUUCACCAGGCUAUAUUUACGUCUAUCGUGACAGCCCUGGACAGUAAAGCGCCCGCAGGGUACCAAGCUGACCUUACCGACCCAUAUUUUUGGAUACUCAACAUGACGCUUCUAACUGUUCCACAUAUGUUCCUUGUGUUGUUGUAUGAAAGACACCGUCUCCAGGCCCCAGACAAAUCUAAACAGAACUGAUAUUUUGAAUCUAGAGGAUAAUGUAAGGUCAUGGUUUGUCAUGCGUAUGCUAAUUUAUUAUUCAUUCGUUAUUAAUACUAAUUUGCAUUGUGUGCCUACAAAGGUUUUAAAAUAUUCAAGUAAAUUCUGAUAAUUUUGACUAGAAUUCUGUAUGUCAAAAAUUUGAAUUUUUCUAUAAUAAUCUUUUAAUUUAAACUUUUAUGAUGGAAGACUCCAUGAGUUACAAAUAAUUCUUUAGUUCAUGCUAUCCAUGGACUUCGUUUUAAAUUCU